AUGGCUGUUCCCUCCUCCCCAGCAACUUUAAAACAGAAGGGUACGUUCAAAGAACACAAUGGUCUUUACCGUUCAAACUCUGGCAAAGACUUCUGUAAGGGAUCCACCAUGAGGAGAUCCUAUUCAGAUAACCACCUCUGUUAUUCCAAUAACCACAUCCGGGCUGCAUCAACACAACCAAAGCUAAAAAGCAGCCAUUCGGUUGGGAUUUUCCCAUUUCAAAUCUCUACCUCCAUAUUCCCAGCAUCACUUCGAUCGUUUCUGUUUGACCCUCAGACAAGCAAAGACAUGAACAUUGCCAAGGACGGAGCUGAGAGUUCAUCAGAGAAGGAUGAGAAUAUAGUCGGCAGUUCAGACAAGGGCAGUGCUAGCAAUGAACUAGGAGAGGUAAAGAGAGCAAAUUGGGUGCAGCAAAUUUAUGAGAUCAGAAGUCAUUGGCAGAAUAGGCAACAGAGCGAGGACCUAUAUGGAGAAGAGUUAUCUGAUGCCGAUGAAAAUGGUGAUAGUAAUUGUGAGGGUGGUUGCAUGGUAGACUAUAACUCAGACGAAGGAGGAGGAGAAAUAAAAUACAAUCAAGAAACAUUUUUAAGAUUUCUGGCUCCAGUUGCCUGGUCUGAUAUCAAGCUUUUCUCAAAGCUGGCAUUCUUGUGCAAUAUGGCUUAUGUUAUACCAGAAAUUAAGGCCAUCGAUUUGAGGAGAUAUUACGGCCUACACUUCGUAACAUCUUCUUUAGAGAAGAAAGCGGAGGCUGCUGCCCUGAAAGCUGCAGCCACGAAAGAGAAGCUUGAUCAGAACUAUACUCAAGUACCUGCAGCUGCCCUUGAAGUUCCCAAAUCCAACUCAGAGAACAAUGAGGAACCUGAGCAGAAGCACCCAAUCCGCUCAUCUCUUGCUUAUGGGAUUGCUGCCUCAGCUGCAUCUUAUGUCCAGUCACAUGCACAAGGCCUUCUUUCUCAUGGCACUCAACCUCAGCAGGAAGGCAAUUGUACUGAUUCAAGCAGUACUAGAAACCAACCAAACAAGGACAGAGACCAACCAGUCAGAGAUGGCGACAGAUCUCCACGAGUAUAUAAAUCAGAGGUGGCUGCUUAUGUUGCAGCAUCGACUAUGACGGCAGUGGUUGCAGCUGGGGAGAAGGAAAAACAGGAGGCAGCAAGGGACCUACAAUCACUUAACUCGGCACCUUGUGAAUGGUUUGUUUGUGAUGACGUAGGCACAUAUACACGCUGCUUUGUGAUUCAGGGAUCUGACUCCCUUGCAUCUUGGCAGGCAAACCUCCUAUUUGAACCUGCUAAAUUUGAGGGUACAGAUGUGCUUGUUCACAGAGGGAUUUACGAAGCAGCAAAGGGAAUAUAUGAACAGUUCAUGCCAGAAAUAUUGGAACAUUUGAAAAAAUAUGGAGAGCGUGCUAAGCUUCAAUUUACUGGCCAUUCUCUUGGUGGUAGCCUCUCUCUUUUAGUCCACUUGAUGCUUGUAACCAGGAAGAUUGUCAAGCCCUCCACCCUUAGGCCGGUAGUCACUUUUGGCUCCCCAUUCGUGUUCUGUGGAGGCCAAAAGAUCCUUGAUUAUUUGGGGAUAGAUGAAAACCAUGUACAUGGUGUAGUUAUGCAUAGAGAUAUUGUCCCAAGAGCUUUCUCCUGCAACUACCCCAACCAUGUGGCACUAGUCCUCAAGCGAUUAAAUGGCCCCUUCCAGUCACACCCUUGUCUGACUAAGAACAAAUUUUUGUAUGCUCCACUUGGGAAAUUAUUCAUACUCCAACCUGAUGAGAAGUCAUCUCCUCCACACCCUUUACUCCCUCCAGGAAGUGCACUGUAUGCUUUUGAUAAAACCCAAUAUGGCUUCUCUGCAAGUGCCAUGAAGGCAUUCCUGAAUUGUCCCCACCCACUGGAAACUCUUAGCGAUCCUACAGCCUAUGGCUCAAAAGGUACAAUUUUAAGAGACCAUGACUCAAGUAACUACCUAAAGGCAGUGAACAAAGUUCUAAGGCAAAAUUCAAAGAUGGUUGGUUGGAAAGUACAACAAUGGGGGAAUCAAUUGUGGCCAUUGCUUGCCUCACCAUCUCCACACUUAUGGAACCAUGAAAACACUUUGGAAAGAAGUAUGUUAGCCAAGAAGGCCAUGACUGGUGUGUGA